AUGGACCCAUUGAAUAGAGUAACUGUAGUAGCGCCGGUAAAUAUUGCUGUCAUAAAAUACUGGGGAAAACGAGACGAGAAAUUAAUUUUACCAAUUAAUGAUUCCGUGAGUAUUACGUUGGAUACAAGUAUUAUGCGCGCUAAGACUACCGUGUGCUCACAACCUGACUUUAGUGAAAAUCAAUUAUGGCUUAACGGAAUCAAGACUUCGUUCACUAAUCCACGCCUUUUGAACUGCUUGGAAAAAAUAAAACACUUAGCUGCCGAUCAACAAAGUGUCGAUCCUGCUGUCUUAUCAUGGAAAAUUCAUAUAUGUUCAGAAAAUAACUUUCCAACUGCUGCUGGUCUGGCGUCUUCUGCUGCUGGCUAUGCUUGUCUAGUUAUUGCUCUUGCAAAACAUUACAAAAUAAAAACAGAUUUAAGUAUUCUAGCCAGAAUUGGAUCAGGCAGUGCUUGCAGGAGUGUUUUUGGAGGCUUUGUGAGGUGGCAUGCUGGAGUGGAAUCAGAUGGAAGCGACUCUAGAGCAACUCAGAUAGCAGACUCAUCACACUGGCCAGAAAUGAGAGCAUUAAUUCUUGUUGUAUCGGAUAACAAAAAACACACAAGCUCUACAAUUGGUAUGAUGAAUGCAGUAAAAACAUCGGAUUUAAUAAAGUAUCGUGCAGAGUACUGUGUGCCAAAAAGGACUGAUAAAAUGUGUGAAGCAAUAUUAAAAAAAGAUUUUGUUAAGUUUGCAGAAUUGACAAUGAAAGACAGUAACCAGUUACAUGCAAUCUGCCUCGACACUUAUCCUCCUUGUGUUUAUAUGACAGAUGUCUCCCAUAAAGUGGUUGAAAUGGUUCAUGCAUAUAAUGACAUGUGUGGGGAAAUUAAAGUAGCAUACACAUUUGAUGCUGGUCCAAAUGCAUGUUUAUAUCUCCUUAAUGCAGAUGUUCCAAGAGUACUUACUCUUAUUAAGCAUUUGUUCCCAUCAUCAAGCUCAGAUUUUGUUACUGGGCUUGGUGAUGUUGAGGAAACUGAAACUGAAUUUUUAAAGUCAUUUCCAAUACAGCCACAAACAGAGGAUGUUAUCAAAUAUGUUAUUCACACCAAAGUAGGUAAAGGACCUGAAAUAGAGACAUCACAUUUAUUAAAUGAGAAAGGAUAUCCAUUAAAUGUAAGUGAAUAG